GAGCUUGCAAGUGCCUAUUGCCCACAGAUCGACCCAGCCCUCUUCCAGGCGCUUGUUCAAGAUUACGAUUUAGCAAUUCCAGACCAGGUUGCGCGGCUGUGCGAGACACUCGAUGUGCUUAAAUUAUCUGCCGCAGAACAGGAAGAUCUGCCCUUUGAUCCCACGGGAACAACAAACCUGAGAAACUAUGAAAGUACUGGGUCACCACGCACGGAAACAUCCAGCGGUGGAACGUUUUCUGACGUCCAGAACUGGGCCUCGCUUGAGAACCUUGAUGUGGAAAAUGGCGAUGCCAACGGUGACAACUAUGGGACCAAAGAAUCUCAGCGCGCGCCUCAUUCCUCAGGCAUGCCUAUCGCCGAGAAAGCCCAGAGCCUGAUCAGUAUGUUCCCGAGCAUCACUCGGCUGGAGGCUGAGGGUAUUCUCAAAGACUGCCAUGAUAGUCUUAGUCGUUCAAUGGAUGUCUUGUUAAACCUCGCUUUCAUCGAAGAGACUCAAAUUGCAGGAGAUAUCUCCCAACAAACUGAAAUUGCUCAGGGCUUCGGUCAGCCAUUGGCUCCCAAGUCCAUAGAUGGGUUUCAAGCCACGGAGAAUUCAACCGGCAACAAGAAAAGCCGCAGAAAGAAAAACAAGCAACAGAAACAAAAUGUUGUCGAUUUGGCUGCCAAGGCCACAGCUGGCCCUGCCUCCAAUAAAUGGGAAACUGGCACCAAGGACAUCGACUUCAUUGCAUCGCGAGCUUGCACUUUGCCACGGGAAAAGGUUGCUUCAACUUAUCACUCGAACUCCAUGUCACUUUGUGCGACUCUGCGAGUCUUGGCGAAUGCCCAAGCCCCGGCCAACGCUCAAGAAAUUGAAGAAGACCCGGUCUUGAUCACACAAGUGGGAGAUCUCGCUCGCAACUACCCCGCUAUUGAGCCUACCACGUUGGUCGGCUUGAUCAGGAUUGCUAACAAUGACAUCUCUGCAGCAGACGAGUUAGCCGAAGCUUUAUCCCGUCGGCCUACCCUAAGCUCAGUCUCAAACAUCAUUACGUUUGUCUCAAAGCCCCCGGUGAUAGAAGAAGACGAGAACGUCGCACCAUUAAGUGAGGGAGACGGCUUUGCCGAGUCCAUGGACUACGCUCAAGCGUCAGUGGCUGCUUCAUCCCACUUCGCUGCUCGAUCGGCUGCCCUGGCCCAGGCAUCACAGGCAGCUCGUCGAGCACGGUCGAACCCCCUCUACGGCGGUGCGUCUGCGUAUUACCGAGAUAUCGGAAAUGAGCAGCGUCAGCUCGCCAUGCGUCAUUUGGCGACUGCCUCUGACAGGCUUGUGGCGAACCAAUCGAGAAACUGUGACUUGGAUUUGCAUGGCGUGAACGUCGCCAAUGCACUGAGAAUAUCUCGUCGGAGUGUUCAGGAUUGGUGGGAUGCCUUGGGCGAUAAAAAGUACGUUCGGGGCGGAGGGAGAGAUGUUCACGGUGGCUUUAAGAUCAUAUGUGGUGUUGGUAAUCAUUCCCAGGACCGCAAAUCUCACCUGGGGCCUGCUGUGUGGAAUAUGUUGCGAAAUGAAGGAUGGCGGGUGGAGCUCGACCGAGGCUCCAUGCUGGUCAUUGGGAGAGAACGUCGUCUUAUCUCCCCCCUCAAGCCUCAAAUCAUACCUCUCCGGCUUACGCCGUCCUUCCCCGCUCGAUCUUUGUCCAGUUCGGCAAAGCAUCCUCGUCCACAGGCAGGCCCGAAGACUAUCAGAACUGUUUCCACUAUACCAUUCAUUGGUGCCUUUUUCAGUUCCAAUCGCAAAACCGAAAAUUCUUCCGAAGCCAUGUCAUACCCCGACCAGCGAAGUGAAGACCAGUGGAGGACUGUUCUCAACCCAGAACAAUUCCGAAUCCUCCGCGAGAAGGGAACUGAACGCGCCGGCACUGGUGAAUACGAUAACCAUCACCCGUCCAAAGGUGUUUACAACUGCGCCGGCUGCGAUGCCCCGCUUUAUACCGCCGACCACAAGUUCAAGUCUGGCUGCGGUUGGCCUGCAUACUUUGAUUCUAUCCCCGGUGCUGUGACCAGACAUGUGGACAGCACAUUUGGCAUGAAGCGAACGGAGAUUGUCUGUUCCAACUGCGGAGGUCAUCUCGGCCAUGUGUUUGAGGGCGAGGGAUACCCGACUCCCACAGAUGAGCGUCAUUGUGUCAACAGUAUCAGCCUGCGAUUCACUGAAGAUGCUGCGAAAGAGCCCAAGUCUAAGGCUUGA